CCUGAUGAAAGUUCCCAUCCAUCAAGUGAAUCCGAAAAGAAAAUGUCUAUCGUUCAUCCGGAACUACACUACAGCCCUCCUCCAUGGGCCUCUGUUCCUGAGCCUGGUCAGGGUUACAAACUGGAGGUUGUAAAAAAUGGCACGAUUGUUGAUUGCUUCGAUUUAGAUGUCAGGAAGCACAAUACCUUUGUAGUGAUUGGACGUUUACCAAACUGUGAUGUAGUACUCGACCAUCCGUCAAUCUCGCGCUAUCAUUGUAUUCUACAGUACGGUGAGGAUCCAAUGGACCGAACAGGGAAAGGAUGGCACAUCUAUGACAUGGGCAGUACUCAUGGGAGCAAGGCGAACAAAAAGAAGGUGCCACCUAAGCAGUACAUGCGCAUCAUGGUUGGAUUCGUAUUACAGUUUGGAGGUAGUACACGACUACUUUCAUUGCUUGGGCCAUCGACUGACUGUGAAGCAGAGUGGGAAUGUUCACCCACUGAAAUGAGGGAGAAAAUGCACAAAAAGAUCCUGGAAUCCAAACUGGAAAUGGCAGCCCGAAAGGAGUUAGAAGCAGAAAAGGCUAAAGAGGCUGAGUCUUCGGAAGGAAUAGACUGGGGCAUGGGCUAUGACGAAGACUAUACGCCUGGUGUGGAGAUAGAGAUGGAUGGUCACUUGAUGGAAGAUCGCGAACAGUAUUAUCAGGCAGAUCCUAAGAAAGCCCUGGCAAAGUUCUUCGAGCGUGAAGGUUUUGAAAUGAAAUUCCAAUUGUCGGAGCAAGGAUCAGGGCAUACGCAUAAAUGGUUAUGUACCAUUGACUACCUUAUAACCCCCUUAUUUGUAGUCGCCGAAAUGAAAAAAAAGGAUGCAAUCUUAGCACCUCAGCAUCGGCAAUCAUCGCUUCCCAUCGAAAUCAACGGUGUUGAUCGCACCUACACUGCCCAAGCGAUAGUUUCUACAUCAAAAAAGGAUGCGCAGGUACAAUGCGCUUUGGAGGCAUGCCGUAUCUUAGACAGCCACGGAGUUCUCAGAUCAUCAGUAUCGAAAGCUAGGACCAAGAGAAACGAAUUGGAAGAGAAUGAUUUUUAUGAUGAGGAUGAUGACGAGUACCUUGAUAGGACAGGUCAAAUUGAAAGACAAAGGGAAAAGCGUAUGAUGUGGGCCAAGAAUAAAACUGGCGAGAAGUCUGAGAAGAAAAGCACCUAUGAGUCACUAUGCAAGGAACUCGAAGAAACCCGUGAGAACAUUGCUAAAUUAAAAGAAAAGCUGGACGAAUUACAUGCGGCAAAAACAGAAACCUCCCAGCUCCGGCAGAAACUGGUCGCUCUUACUCAUGAUGCACAAAGACUAGAGAAGCUUGUUAAGAUCGCAAAGCCGGUGGCACUCCCGGAACUGAAAGUGGCUGGUGCUAACACAAGCGGUGUUGAUAAGCAAGCAUUCUUGCGUAAAAUGAUGAUGGUAGGAAGAAAGAAGGCGAGCGAGACGAAGUCGCUUGGUGAACAAGAGAGGACUGCCGUGCAAGGGCCAGCUUCAAUGCCUUCAUCAAGUGAACCUUUCAAACCUGAAGUAGAAGCUGAUGAUGAGGUCUGA